AUGGCAAGUUCAAAGGCAGCACAGAAGCUCUUUGCCAUCGCCAAAACAUGGCCGGUCGAUCCCUUUCGACCAAAUAUUCAACUCAAGAACUUUCUUCAAUCCCUCUCCACGCACCCGCGCUUGACCGAGCAGAUAGUUAUCCCUGUACAAGCAUUGAGGGAUAACACGAUCCAGACAAAGUAUCCGCUAUCUAAGAAAACCCUCGAGCCAGCAUCCAUGCCGAAGCAUUACACACGGGUGGUACAAGGGUACGAAAAUAGUGCGAAGGGCACGGGAAGGUCGUGGUGGCAGAUUUUCUUUGGUGUUUGGCGGUAG